GUGUGCGUACUAUGUAGCGGCAGGCCAAUUCUGAUAUAAACUAUUAUCUUGUGGGCGAAUACAUGUCCUGAGUCUGACAUGUCUGCUCUAACCUCGAGGCUGCAGAAUGGAACAUUUGACCUGCUGUUCUCCUACAGACCUCUACGUCUCCACCUCUACAAAAGGUGGCAGAAAGGUUAAAUUACACUUUUGAUGUUCUAGUGUUAUUAACUGUUCCUCUCUGUUGUCUCAGCAGGUUUUGUUGCCAGUCAUGGAUCCAGAUCUGACCAUCGUCCUCCUGGGAGACUCCGGAGUCGGUAAGAGUGCUUCAGGAAACACCAUCCUGGGCAGAGAAGAGUUUGAGUCCAAAGUAUCCUCCAGAGCAGUGACGACAGAGAUCUAUGACCGAACUGACACUCUGUUUGGGAAACGGAUCAGAGUGGUGGACACUCCUGGAAUAUUUGGAUCUGAGAAACAGAUUAAGACCUGGUGUCAGGAGCUCCUGCAGUCCGGCAGACCCUGUUUGUUCCUGGUGGUGUUCCGUGUUGGUCGGUUCUCCAGCGAGCAGGGUCGGGUUCUGAGAGCAGCAGAGAGAGUCCUGGGACAUCAGGAGUUCUCUCAGUCUCACCUGCUCUUCACACACGGGGACGCUUUGGGGGACGGAUCCUUGGAGGACUUGGUCUUUGAAGAGGAGAGUUCAUCAGACGGCAGGACCUUCUCAGGGAGAUGUCAUCUGAUCAACAAUAAAGAUGGAGAACAGGAUCAAGUCAGAGCGCUGCUGAGGAAGACGGGACACCUCAGAACCGAACCAGCUGGUGCUCUGAAGGAGAGGAGGAUGGUGCUGCUGGGUCUUCCUGGAGGAGGGAAGAGUUCAGCAGGAAACACCGUCCUGGGAUCAGAGCGCUUUCAAACAGUCUCUGGCUUCCAUUCAGUCAGUUCAGAGACGGUCUCUGGGUCUGCAGAGGUGGAGGGUCGGUGGGUCACUGUGGUCGACUCUCCAGGAAUCCCUGAAGCUGUGACUCCAGCUCAGCUGUACCAGAGGAUCCUGGGGUCCCUAACCGAGGCCGGUCCAGGACCACACACCUUGGUCCUGGUGGUGAGAAUCGGCAGCGUGACGCCAGCCGACACCAGAGUCUUCAAGCUGCUGCAGGAUCAGUUGGACAGCGAGGUUCGUCAUCACUGCAUGGUGCUGUUCACCUACGGAGACGAGCUACGAGGCCGAAACAUCCAGGAUCUGAUCCGCUACAACAGAUGUGUGUCAGACCUGGUCUCCAUGUGUGGUGGGAGGUUCUGUGUGUUUAAUAACAGAGUCAGAGGAAACAGAGAGCAGGUCAGAAAGUUCCUGGAUCAGAUAGAUGAGAUGGUCUCAGCUAACGGUGGAGGACACUACACAGAAGACAAGUUCAGGAUGACUCAGCCAGGUUUCUUUCCCACAGUGUGGAGAGGAAUUAGUAGAUUUGUGAAGCGACAUAAUUAUAAAAUCUGUGUAAUUGUCUCACUGAGCUUGUUUGCAUUUGCAUUCAUUAGAAGGAUACAAGCAGUUGAAAAUAAGAAGAUGAGCCCCGAGCUUUAAACAGGCCGACACUUCUGUCUCAGCCGAGGUUAUUAUAGUUAACGAAAACUAAUGAAAUAAACAAAACUAGGAUAGAAAAAACAUUUUUGUUAACUGAAAUAAAAAUAAAAACGAGAGUUAUUUUAAAAAAAAGAUAACUGAAACGGUAUUUUGUGGUUACAAAACUAACUAGGACUGC